GACCCGGGCAGCUCUGGCCCAGAAGAGGGCCGGCGGCGGGAGGCGCCCCCACCGCGGGCAGGCGGCGCCCUCUGCAGGCCACAGGCGGCGACACACCGGCGCCCCGCCUCCACUCAAGUACCGCGAGAUCUGGCAGCGCUGCCACCAUGGCGGCCACGUUUGAAGCUCCGGCGGCCUUAGCGACCGUGGAGACCGCUACGCCGGCGGAAUGUGUGGCCGCACAGGUCUCGGCCCAGGAGCCACCUCCGGGGCCGGUGAGGAGCCUGCGGACAGCUCACGACGUCAGCGGCCCGCGGACCCGCACGGGGGACGUGCUGCUGGCGGAGCCGGCGGACUUCGAAUUUAAUUGUUCAAGCUAAAUCUGGCACUGGGAAGACUUGUGUGUUCUCCACCAUUGCUUUGGAUUCCCUUGUUCUUGAAAAUUUAAGUACCCAGAUUUUGAUCUUGGCUCCUACAAGAGAAAUUGCUGUACAGAUACAUUCUGUUAUCACAGCCAUUGGAAUAAAAAUGGAAGGCUUAGAGUGUCAUGUCUUUAUUGGAGGGACUCCAUUAUCACAAGACAAAACCAAACUUAAAAAGUGUCAUAUUGCUGUUGGAUCUCCUGGCAGAAUCAAACAACUCAUAGAACUUGACUACUUGAACCCAGGCAGUAUACGUCUCUUUAUUCUUGAUGAAGCAGACAAGCUUCUAGAAGAAGGCAGCUUCCAGGAACAAAUAAACUGGAUUUAUUCUUCCUUGCCCGCCAGUAAACAGAUAUUGGCAGUGUCAGCUACUUACCCUGAAUUUUUGGCUAAUGCUUUGACAAAGUACAUGAGAGAUCCUACUUUUGUAAGACUGAAUUCCAGUGAUCCAAGUCUCAUAGGUUUGAAGCAAUAUUAUAAAGUUGUAAACUUACACCCUUUGGCCCAUAAGAUUUUUGAGGAAAAGGCUCAGCAUUUACAGGACCUGUUCAGCAGAAUUCCAUUUAAUCAAGCCUUAGUCUUUUCUAAUUUGCAUAGCAGAGCACAACAUUUGGCUGAUAUUCUUUCUUUUAAAGGUUGUCCUGCUGAGUGCAUUUCAGGCAAUAUGAAUCAGAAUCAGCGUCUUGAUGCUAUGGCUAAACUGAAGCAGUUUCAUUGCAGAGUCCUCAUUUCCACAGACUUGACUUCCCGUGGGAUUGAUGCUGAGAAGGUGAAUCUGGUUGUAAAUCUGGAUGUGCCAUUGGACUGGGAGACAUAUAUGCAUCGGAUUGGCAGAGCUGGCCGCUUUGGUACAUUGGGACUGACAGUGACCUACUGUUGCCAGGGAGAAGAAGAAAAUAUGAUGAUGAAAAUUGCCCAGAAGUGUAAUAUUAAUCUUCUCCCUUUACCAGAUCCCAUUCCUCCUGGUCUGAUGGAAGAAUGUUUAGAUUGGGAUGUGGAAGUUAAAGCUGCUGUACAUACAUAUGGCUUAUCAAGUGAACCUACCCAACCCCUGAAAAAGCAAAUUCAAAAAAUAGAGAGAACCUUUCAAACUCCGAAAGCUCAUGCUAACCGUAAUCACAUACCUUCCUCUAGAAAUACUUCAGUAACUGCUCUGUCAGUCAAAUCCAAAAAUAAUACCAAACAAAAGCUUCCUGUGAAAAGCCACUCAGAGUGUAGAAUGAUAGAAAAAUCAUUACCAAAAGAACCGGGCUGUGCCAUACAAUCUGAAGAGCAGAUGAAGAAUUCUAUUGAGACCUCUGUUGAAUACUCUGUCAACAGUCUGCACCAGGUCAAAGAAGCUUUACCUGUGUCACUCCCUAAAAUUCCUUGUCUGUCUUCCUUUAAAAUCCAUCUGCCACGCACUUUUGCUUUUGCAGAAUUGGUAGAGGAUUAUGAACUUUAUAUUAAAGAAGGGUUAGAGAAACCUGUGGAAAUCAUCAGGCACUACACAGGUCCUGGGGAUCAGACUGUGAAUCCUCAAAAUGGUUUUGUGAGAAAUAGAAUUACUGAAGAGAGAGUACAGAUAUUGGCAAGUAGUAGCCAAUCAGGAGAUUCUGAGAGUGACAGUGAUUCUUACAGCUCAAGGACUUCUUCCCAGAGCAAAGGAAAUAAGUCCUACCUGGAAGGCUCUUCUGAUACUCAGCGGAAGGACUCUGAAUCUACUCCUGUGGAUGGUCUUAUCACUUUGGAACAACCUCUGAAUGGAAAUGACACCCCUAAUCUAGAGGAAUAUCAGGAAUCACCUGGAAUUCAAAUAAAGACAAGGCAUAAGGAGGGGGCUAACCAGAGAGCUAAGCAGAGCCGAAGAAACCCACCCAGGCGGUCUUCCCAUCGAUUGCAGACGGAACCCCAGGAAGACGGUUGGUACGACUGUCACAGGGAUACACAUCCAAGUUUCUCUGAUGCCUAUCAGGAUUACGAAGAGUACUGGAGAGCUUACUACAGGGCAUGGCAAGAAUAUUAUGCUGCUGCUUCUCAGUCGUAUUAUUGGAAUGCUCAGAGACAUCCCAGUUGGAUGGCAGCGUAUCAUAUGAAUACGGUUUAUCUACAAGAAAUGAUGCGUGGUAACCACUGAUUAUAGGGUACACCUGAGACCAUCAGGAGUGAUCAGCAAGUGAUACCUUUGCACACCCGUGCUGCUUGACCUGUAGUAGAGUGACAUAUAGUGGCAUUUUUGAGGAACUUGAAGGCUUUCCACUGGGAUACGUCUGUUUUUAGAUUAUUUUAAUUUAGGCCAGUUAUCCUUUUUUAAAAGAAAUUUCAUCAGAUUCUGGAAAGAAAAUUUGGGGGACAUAGAACUAAAGGUCUCAGGAUACCAUUUUAUAUAAGCUGUUUCUAAAAGAAAUAUUUAAAAAGAUGACAUAUAUAUCACGGCUUACUUACAAAAUAAAAAACAACCCCUGAUAUUUGAAAAGUAA